CACCAGUAACUUGUGGAGGAACCAUUCUGAUGUUUUGUAAACACAAUGAGUGCAACGAUCAAGGGCCUCUUGAAAGGAUUAAGAUUCAUAGCGCAACUAUUUGAGCCAAAAGAACCAGAAAUGCAAAUUGGUCUUCCCACAGAUGUAAAGCAUGUCUCUCACAUCGGAUGGGAUGGUUCAUCUGCCAAUCCGCCCAGCUGGAUGAAUGGGUUUAAAUCUGUGGAGGAAAUUGCAAAAGAGCCUUCGAAUUCCAUUGUUGAAUCAAAGAAACCUGAAAAAAAAUUGACCCCGGAAGGAAUUCAAGAUUCAAAGAAUGAGAAGCCAAAGCAAAAGUCGAGAAGGAAAUCAUCUACUGGUGCCCCUGGCUCACCCUUAAGUUCCCCAAAGCCGGGAACGGAUGGAACAAAGCAAUCUACGACUAUUGAAUCCGCAUUUGAUUCCCCAAGAGGGAGCCAGAGGUCAAAUCUUAGCCUUGAUUCAUCCUCUCAGGAUCCUGCUGGCAUUCCAAAACUAUUUCGCCGAAAAAAACCAAAGCAGCCAACUGGAAGUGAGUCAGGACAGAAAAUGAAGAACAAACAAAGACAACAAAUGGGUUCAGGUUUGGAAGCAAAUGAAGAAGAGAAAGGAUGAAAUAGAAGUUCAGGAGGAAUCU